ACCAACAAAAAUAGCCAAAUAAUCGAAAAAAUCGCUAAGUUGGCAGCACUGCUUGUUUGUUGCCAUCUUGUUGAUUCUACCUUUGCGGCAUCGGCGCCUUUGAAGUCUUUUUUUAUUCCCUGGUGUUGAAAAUUGUUUACAUUGCGCCUAUCUCCGAGAAGGAACUUGCGCCGGACAGUGAACUCCACUUAAGAUCGUGAUGUCGGGCACCAUACUUGAAAACCUAAGCGGAAGGAAACUCUCCAUAUUGGUGGCCAGUCUCCUGCUUUGCCAAGUUUUUUGCUUCCUGCUGGGAGGUCUGUACGCCCCCCUGCCCGCCGGUCAUGUGACCGUACUGGGGUCACUGUGCCGCGAGGACCACACCCGCCAGAACGACACUAGCUUCCUGCUCUACUCUCGAGGAGCUGGCGCCUGCAUCCCUGUGAGUCGUGAGGAGGUGGAGCGGGACCCCAUGAAGAUGGCCAACGAACUGGUGCAUGUUUUUCAAAUGCCGUUGCCCCGGGAUUUGCGUGACUUGGACUAUUCGCGAUGGCAGCAGAAUCUCAUCGGAGUUCUUCAAGUGGAGUUCGGAUAUGAUUCCACGUCGGAACUGCGCGAACCACCGAAGGAACUGCAGCUAACCAUUGACAUGCGACUGGCGUACCGCAACAAGGGAGAUCCCGAUCAGGCCUGGAAACUGUACGCCCACGGAGUGGAGCAGCGUUAUCUGGACUGUGUUACCGCACACGUUGGACCCACGGAGACGCUCUAUUCCUGCGACAUGAUUCCCCUAUUCGAACUGGGCGCUCUGCAUCACAGCUUUUACCUGCUCAAUCUGCGCUUCCCAUUAGAUACACCUCGACAGAUGAAUUUGCAAUUUGGCCACAUGCACGAUCUCACCCUAACGGCGAUCCAUCAGAACGGCGGCUUCACACAAAUCUGGCUGAUGCUGAAGACGGUGCUGUUCCCGUUUGUGGUGGGAAUUAUGAUUUGGUUCUGGCGUCGAGUCCAUUUACUGCAACGUUCGCCUGCUCUGCUCGAGUACAUGCUGAUAUACCUGGGAGGCGCUUUGACAUUCCUGAAUUUGCCACUGGAGUACCUGUCCCUGGUAGUGGAGAUGCCAUAUAUGUUACUUUUGAGCGAUAUCCGUCAGGGGAUCUUUUACGCUAUGCUGCUCUCCUUCUGGCUGGUAUUCGCCGGAGAGCAUAUGCUCAUCCAGGACGCACCCAAUAAAUCCACGAUCCGAUCGCGCUAUUGGAAACACCUUUCGGCGGUUGUUGUCGGUUGUAUUUCCCUGUUCGUCUUUGAUAUUUGCGAACGGGGCGUACAAUUGCGUAAUCCUUUCUACUCCAUUUGGACCACGCCCCUUGGUGCCAAAGUAGCCAUGACAUUCAUUAUUUUAGCUGGAGUUUCAGCAGCCAUUUACUUCCUUUUCCUUUGCUACAUGAUCUGGAAGGUGUUUAGAAAUAUUGGCGACAAACGCACCUCACUUCCGUCCAUGUCACAGGCACGUCGUCUGCACUACGAGGUUCAUUUUAAAGGCCUCAUCUAUCGCUUUAAAUUCUUGAUGCUGGCCACUUUGCUGUGCGCCGCUCUGACUGUUGCCGGAUUUAUAAUGGGACAAAUGGCCGAGGGCCAGUGGCAGUGGAACGACAACGUUGAAAUCCAGCUGACUUCAGCUUUUCUGACUGGCGUCUACGGCAUGUGGAACAUCUACAUCUUUGCGCUGCUCAUCCUUUAUGCCCCCAGUCAUAAGCAAUGGCCAACCAUGCACCAUAGCGACGAGACUACACAGUCCAAUGAGAACAUUGUCGCCUCUGCUGCCAGCGAGGAGAUCGAGUUUAGCCAUCUACCGUCCGACUCCAAUCCCAGCGAGAUCUCCUCUCUCACCUCGUUCACCCGCAAGGUGGCAUUCGAUUAAAUUUCAGCUCCUUGAUUUCGAUUUCGAAGAAGGUUGUGUGCCAAAUUGAGAUCACAAUUAUGGCCGGCAGCCGAACGCUCCAAGUGUGUGCUCAAUAUAUAUUAUUGGUAGACUUAGUCAGUAGCAUUUCUUGCCUAGUUUUGCAUUCUCUGCAAUCGACAACAUGAUCAGCAUUAUAAAUUAUCAUCAUUAGUGGAUAGAUUGUAGCUUCUCUAUCAGCAUGCUCAAAGUGUUUACGAUUUUAUCAAUUGUAUUUUUUACAGUAUUAUCUAUUGAAGUCCAAUUUCUUAGGUCGUAAGUUUUUAUAUUUAUUAUAUAACAUUUUACACACAUUAACAUAUUAGGAUCCUCAGACAGAAUCAUAAGAGCAAAAAGUAAUCAUUGUCCUUUAAACUUUUCAGUUAAAAAGGCAAAAUUGUCCAUAGAUUACCUUGUGUCCUUAGGAUUUGUAUUUAUUUUGCUUCUAAUAUACGAAUCGACCCGACUUUAUAUUUAUCUAUCCAUCACAAUUUUUUAACCAAAACGUAGAGCAAUUUCUCACUCAAGUAGCAAUGCAUCGAAUAAAAAGCAAUAUUGAAAA